GAGUUAUUUUGUUGGCCACACUGCUUGUAUCGCCAUGUUUCUUACUUUCCGUUGGUUUGCCAGAAGGAAUAGUGGAAUAAAAUGUGGUAAUGGCGAGUGCGUCUGUUCCGCAUAUUUGAUGUUGUGAUAAAGUUGGGCGUACGCGUUUGCCUUAUCAGUCGUGACAAUUUUUUUUUCUUUCGAGUAUGUCUACUUAAUUUACGUGUAUAUGCGUAGGUUUUAAAGAAAUAUAACCGGCAAUAAAAAGAAUAAAGUGUCCAGUGUGUGAUGUCGGUGAUUCAUUAUCGGAAUAUGGAAGUACACGACAGAUAAUAGAAGAUAAUCAUAUUAUACGAAAUAAAAUUUAUAAUUUUAUAUAUUUCACAACACGUGCACUUCAUCCAUCAUAUUUGAUUUCUAAACCCUUAAAGAGAAUUUUAAGUAUACUAUUGUAUUAGAAAUAAUCAAUACGUGCCCGUAAACGUAUAACAAGAUAAUAUGAAAUCGGAACGAGCAUGAAGGUAACUGUGUGUUUCGACAACGUUAGAGUGGUGGUUCCUUGUGGGGAUGGAACCCUACUGGUUAAAGAUUUAAUGCAUGAGGCUACUUUAAGAUAUAAAAAAGCAACUGGAAAAAAUGAUAGUGCAUUAACUAUAAAUAGUUUGUCCUCCUUAACUGGAGGUGGUCUCCUGGAUCCAGAUGAUAGGUUAUGUGAUGUAGCUGAUGAUAGAGAACAGAUUGUUGCUCAUUUUGUUAAUUCUGACGUUACGCAUGCUGGUGGUGAUGGGGCAAGUUCAGUUGGCACAAAUAGCCCAGACUUCUUUCAUCCAGAUAGUAAAGAACCACCUUAUACAAUUGAUGCACAUUCCUCCAUUUCUGUAAGCGGUAUUAAAAGGGAAAGCACCAAAAGAUUGUCAAUGCAUGCACUGUCAACCAGAGAACCUUGUUUAACCACAUAUUCUGCUCAGUCCCUUCCCAGAGAAUCUCGGCGUAGAGAGCCACUGGGACAAGAUGCCAAAGUGUCAUUUAAGUAUGCAAAUGCUAAUAUAGAACCAGGAGAUCAAGGAGAAAUUAGAGAAAUUGUGAUAAAGAAUGAAGCAGGACCACUGGGGCUUCAUGUGGUGCCAUGUUAUGAUUUGUUGGGUAAUGAUCAAGGGCUUAGAGUCGAAGGUAUUGAGCCUAAUGGCAGAAUUGCUAGAGAUGGGCAAAUUGACCUGCAUGAUAAGAUCAUUAAAAUAAAUGGACACAGUCUAUUGCAUAUACCAUUUUUUAAAGUGCAAGAGAUCUUUCGUACCUGUAUGACAGAAUCAUGUUUGCAAAUUUCCAUUGUAAAACAUAAGAAGCCGCAAGAAAAAUCAUUGCAUAAAAAUCAUGGCAAUACUAGUGGAGGGUCAGAAAAGGAAAUUGAUGAUAAUGUUAAAAGACUUCAAUGCAGUAAUUACAAUUUGCUGCAGACAGCUAACACCCGUAAGAUUGGACGUAUGAUAGAGAUAGAAUUAACAAAAGGCAGCAAUGGUCUUGGAUUUAGCGUCACAACACGCGAUAAUCCCGCAGGAGGUCAUUGUCCAAUAUAUAUUAAAAAUAUAUUACCAAAAGGUGCUGCAGUUGAAGAUGGCAGAUUAAGAUCUGGGGAUAGGCUGUUGGAAGUAAAUAAUAAAGAAAUGACUGGUAAAAGUCAAGCAGAAGUAGUUUCACUUCUCAGAAGUAUUCUACCUGGUGGGAAGGUAAGGAUGGUGGUAUCGCGCCAGGAAGAAAUUUCCUCUAGUAUUCCAGACUCUCAUUCUCAUGGUACUUCCACAAGUCAAGCCUUAGAAGCUACAGAUAAUUCAAAAUAUUGGAAUGCAUUGAAUACAUCGCCGAAGAAAAAGAAUACCGAAGUGCAAGAUAAACUUAAUACCCAUAACUAUGAUAAGUGCACUUUUAAACCAGUGAAGUCUACAUCAGAAGAUAUUGUUUUAUCACCACGUAAAAAUCGCAUGAUUUUAACUUUAGAUAUACCAGUACACGAUUCAGAGAAAGCAGGACUAGGUGUUAGUGUUAAGGGAAAGACUACUAACACAGAUGAAAACACUAACAUGGAUCUAGGAAUUUUUAUUAAAAGUGUCCUUCAUGGGGGUGCAGCCUCAAGGGAUGGGAGAUUGAGGACCAAUGAUCAAUUGCUCAAUGUUAAUGGGGUGUCAUUAUUAGGAUUAUCAAAUUCAGAUGCAAUGGAGACAUUGAGAAGAGCGAUGCUCAAUACAAACAGUUCUGUAACUGGGGUGAUCACUCUUACAAUAGCCAGGAGGAUAUCUUCGUACGAUGGAAAUGAUAAAAAUUUAUCAGAGAAUUUGUCUUCUCAUUGUAAACUGGAGUCAGCUAAUAGUAUAUAUAUUGCUGAUUCUACGAAAGGUAAUGAAGGCAGAGUAAAAGAAAAGAACAAUUUGAAUUCCCAGUCAGACAUUUUGGACAACGGCGGAUUAUUGUCUUGUGUGACCGCCUCUCCAUGGAAUCCAGUUAUCGAUAGAUUAACCGAACAAUAUAAUAAGAAUAGUUUAAGGAACGAAAGUUACUGCAUCGCUACCAAUAAAACGUGGAUAGAAUCUGCUAGUAACGUGAAGAAGAUUACGAUAGGACAGCGCGACGAUCGCGCGGAACCAGUAUUGUUAGAAGACUCCAAUGACCCACAGUGUAAUGAAGCUAAACGAAACACAGACGAUAAAGAUAGUCAGUAUUCCGGAGACCCAACGUACGAUAGUCAAUUAUCCUUGGAAGAAUUUAAUUCCUCUUCCAAUAAAUUUUCGCGCGACGCUUUAGGUAGACAGAGUAUGUCGGAGAAGCGACAUGCUGCUUUAGAUGCCAAGAACACAGAUACUUAUAAGAGAAAUAAAAAAUUACGCGAAGGGCGCGAAAAUAAGAAUCAGGAACAGACCAAUCAGAAACAUUCGAAUCAAUCGGUUGAGUCUGAGGAUCCAAUUAGACGAGGGUGUAAAUCGGACAUUUACGAUAAGAAUAAAAAUAAAGGCACUACUGACGGUAGAACGGCCAGUGAGAGUAGUAUGAAACGAUACGAAAAGUCCGUGGAUCCUGCUCAGUCAGAAUACGUAUACACUAUACCUGGAUGUAAUAACAAAUAUACGUCACCGAGGAAACAUUGGCUUGUCGACGAUGUACAUGGCGAGAUAAGGAGUAGCAAUAAUUUUAAAGACGAUCGCAAGGGUUUUCCAAAUAGUCGGGGGGAUGUGAAGCAAGCAUCUCUCAAUUCAGCUUUAGAUGAUCGAUAUAAGCGUUUGCGAAAGAAAGGUGGCAUACGUUCGAUGCUUCGAUUAGGAAAGAAUAGGAAAUCGCUCAAUUUCGGUGAUAGUAUAGAAACUCGUCACGAAUCCAGUAAUUAUUGCAGUGGAACGAUUAAUUAUAUCGCAUAAUAUACAAAAGGGAAUUUAUAACGUAGAUACGGAAUUCAAGAUAUACAUAAACAUACUUGUGCAUAACACCUAGAAAACACAUAUUAUACACAAAAUAUACACAUCUUAACACUCAUUGCACGUGCGCUCGUACAUGUACUUACACACAUAUAUAUUAUGUACUUAAAUAUGUAUGAUUUGUUCCAAAGUGCCUUAUAUCAUUGCAAAACAAAAAAAUUUAUUCUGUAUAUACACUUAUAUAAUUUUUGUAUUUGUCUUUAAUUCGUACCGAUCAUGUAUCUAUUUUUAAAAUAAAACUAUGCACGUAAUAUAA